CGUAGUGCGGGGGACGCGCGCGCGACGUUCGGUGGCUGAGCAGCGGACCCGCCUGGCGGAGGCCGGAGGAAGGGCGAGCCCCUGGAGGUAUGGCCGAGAGCGGCGCGUGGUUGCUCGUGCUGAGCUCGGUUUUCUUGUGCAACCUCCUCAAAAUCCUCCUGCCAUCCUGCUCCUCCAUUAUAUCCAGGUUGCUACAGCAGGAUGCAGAGCAGGAGUCCCAGAUGAGAGCUGAAAUUCAGAACAUGAAGCAAGAACUCUCAACUAUUAGCAUGAUGGAUGAGUUUGCUAGAUAUGCCCGACUGGAAAGAAAGAUUAACAAAAUGACAGACAAGCUUAAAACUCAUGUGAAAGCACGGACUGCUCAAUUAGCCAAAAUAAAGUGGGUUAUAAAUAUUGUAUUUUACAUCUUACAAGCUGCCUUGAUGAUCUCGUUAAUUUGGAAAUAUUAUUCUGAACCAGUUACGGUGCUUCCAAGCAAAUGGCUAGCCCCACUGGAGCGUUUAGUAGCCUUUCCUACAGGAGUGGCAGGUGGUGUUGGAAUUACCUGUUGGCUUGUGGUUUGCAACAAAGUUGUGGCCAUCAUGCUUCACCCUUUCAGCUGAGGGAGAAUUCCUGUGAGCUAGAGUUCUAAAUUGCAUUUGCAUAGUUUUCAUGAACUAUACUUGUGCAUAAAAGGGGAAGGGGCUUUCUGAAUAAGGAAGCAAUGAGCUUGAUUUUUUCCAUGUUUUAUGGCAGCGGACUAUCAAUUUUUACUGGCUGUACCAUCUUUCUUUAACUUGUCCCUCACAUUCAGUCUGCUGUUUCUAAAUAACAACAUUACUAUUCAUAAUGUCUCUUUUUUUUCAUUGUUGGAAAGUAAAAAUAUUGGUCAACUGCAGAACCCCAAGAAUUUGUCACUGCAGAUGCACUGCAGUCAAUUUUCAGUUAUUAAUUUAUUAUUAAUUUUGAUGUUGAACUGCAUGGACAGGUAUUCUCAUGGAGCUUACUAGUUUUUGAUGGACUGUAUCAUGGUUGUUUUUAUAAAGGGUGGGCUUUUUGUUUGUUUGGUUGUAUUUUGGGAGGGGAGAAGAAGGUAGUAAGGGAAGUUCUUGGCUUAUUUUAAGUUAGGUGUUGAUUUCCUGACUUGUCUAUUUGUUGUGGACCUCAAUGCACUUGGGCUAUCUUAGAAAAUGUAUUAUGUAUGUCUUAGAAAUUGCUACUUCCUGAUCCUCUCUAAAUUGCUUAAUAUGUAGCAGCUAGCUACACUUUCUUUUACACUUCUAUCAUCUAGUGAUGACCUGCUUGCUUGUAUCUGUCUUCCCAUCCCAAGUGGCCUUUCUUCAGAGAGGGAGAAUCGGAUCAGAUGCCUCUUGUCCCCAUCCCCGAAGGAAAAUGAGCCAUUCUCUGUUUCUGACUGCAGACUCCUGUCACAUUCUUCUUGUGUUGGCCCAAGAAGAGGAAUAAAUAAGCUCUCAUUUCAAACAUGCCAGAGUAUAGGCCCAAUACAUGUUUGGGAAGGAAAGAUGGCAGUUUCAUGGUUGAAAGGGAGGUGGGAGGGGGAUAGUUAAAUUUCAAAAGGAAGACUUCAUAACAUAUUUAUGAUAUUGUCAUCUUGCAGGAUGGCCCAAGACUCCGCCCAUAAAGUAAAGAAGUCAGUGGUUCAAAUAUCUAAAGUACUAAACAGAUUUUAAAGGAAAAUGGUAAAAAUACAGGACAAUCCCUACUUAGAUCUAAGCUUUCCUGCUGUACUUAGCUACAAUAAACUAGCGGAGGUACGUUGUCUUAUAAGGAAGGAUUGAAUGCUGCCAAACUGUAGAAAAGUACAAAAGGUGCUUUAUCUCUGAACUACACUGGUGAUGUGUCCCUAGCAGCUCCUGGCACCCUUUUGCUGGAAGGACAGUGAUCUGUAGAUUUGUAAAAUUGCUGAUUUAGAAGCCCUGCCCCCACAUCCUCCUGUGGAGGGAACUGCAGCCCCUCCCUCGCCACCCCGUCUCCCCUCUAUAUUGGUACCAGGACUCCUUGCCUGCCUGCAGUGGAGUGGCCUGUGCAGUGAAACUCCAUCAGGUCAGUUGCAUUGUCCCCUCCAUAUUCUUGGAGGAGUGGGUCAGAUUUUACUGUGUUAAGGAAUGACUUCUUAAGGUCAUUAAUGGUCAUAAUGAAGUCUUGAAAUCAAGGGUGGGCAAAAUACGGCCCAUGGGCCAGAUUCAACCUACCACCUGAUUGGAUCUGGCCAGUGGGGCAUGCCUGCCAAUUGAUUGAAUGUGGCCUGUGGCUGCCCCAGCAGCACUGCACAUGGGGCCAAGCCCUGCCCAGGUCAGCCGGUGCUGUACUCCUGCCUCUGCCUGCUGGCCCCGAUCCUGGCCAGCACACACAACUUAUUGGCAGGGUUGCUCCAAGUGCAACUACAGCUGCCUGGGUACUGCCCCAGCCCAGUGCUGUUAUUGCCCUGUGAUCCUGGUAUCACCUGCCUGUCUUGCUCCCAAAUACUGUUCCCUGCCCAUCUGCAUCCCCAUCCCACGUAGGGUAUUUUGUUGAAUUGUUGCUGGUGUGGGGCUUGUGCGCCAGCCUAGUUCAUGACAAUUCAGCAAAACUCUCUAUGUGAUCUCCAGGCCCCAAUAAUGACCCAAUCCUGUCUUAAAUGAUGUGUUUUAUUUGUGUGUGGGUUAAUGUAAUGUUUUUCUUGGUACUUGCAUUUUUAACAUAGGCUUGUUUUUAUAGUAAUGGUUGUAUUUAGCAAGUGUUAUACGUAAGAUAUGUAGCACCAAGUAAAAAUACUGGGAAUAAGAAUUUGUGUGUAAUGGUUUGUUUGUUAAUUUAUUAAAAUAAAGUUGUUCAGUCUCUAUUAA